CUUGUUUGUCUCUCAUCUUCAACACUGAAUAUCAUCAGAUCAGAUCAGAUCGAACUCUUUUUUAUCUGUAACUGUUGUGGGUAAGAGAAAAGGCUUUCAGAAUUUUUAUUGAGACAAGUUUUCAACAAAGGCUUUAAGACCAAUCCAUGGGUUCUUUUAAUCCAAGUCUAUACAAGGUUUGGUCUUUCUCCUUUUAAUUUCUCUCGAAGAUUCGGAAAUCCUUUCUGGGUUUUUCUUAGACCCGUCUUUUGCAAUCGAUUUCUGAGUUUUUAUUUUUGGGUUCUCCAAGCUUACUUGGUUUUUAGUGUUUUCAAAAUUGGUACUUAAACUUGACCUAGAAAUUAGGGCUAUUGCUCUGUUUCUGAAUACAUAGAAAGUUAAUAGUGUUUAAUAAGUGGAAAGAUGCAAUCUAGUAGAAAAGGUGAACAGGUUGAACUAUCUCGAACUGUUAAGUCGCGUAGUCAACACAGGGCUGCUGCUGAAGCUGGUUCUCAUGAUCCUUAUCCGGUUUCUCGUCGCGAGGUGAUGAAUAAUCGGUCUCCUCCACCGCGUGGACUGAGGAACUUUAGACCCAAUGCCCUUGAUGUGUGUCCAGAAAGAGGGGUUCGGUUAAGGAUCGGAUAAGCGGAGCCAUGGUGGGGAGAGAUUCGUAUGGUUGGAAUUUGGGUAGCCUUAGAACUGAAAUAGCAGGAUCGAAAUCACCCCUAUAUGUGCAAAUGCGUAAAAAGUCUCAUUAUGAAGAUGAGGGAGUCGUCAAUAGAAAAUAUGAUUUUGUUGAGCCUGUUGGUUUUGAUGAUCGUACAAACUCCAGUGCAAGGGGUGUGUAUAGGUAUGAUCAUGGUACAUCUAGGUUGGCCAAAGAGAAAGACUAUAUGGAAAACAGAGUUUUGAGUAUUGAUGGGCAUGUAAUGAUGGACCAGAAAUUGUUGCCAGUGGAAGAAACCGAUGUAAGAGGUCCACGUCGGUUGCCUCAUGAUCUAGGUCCAAGCUUAAAAUUUGCAGAAACUAGUGAGCAAUUACCAUUUUCCUCACAAGACAUUGAUAUGGAUCAUUAUGAGCGUGAAAAAUUUCGGCAUCGAGAAACUAUGCCUUCAAAGAAGGUGAAAGAUAUGGAUUCUUACAAAGAAGAUAACUCCAUGUUUGACUCUCAGGAUGUUGCAUAUAGUAUGGUGGAAUCAUCUCGAUCCAAGGAUUUCAUGUGCACCCAUCAACUUAAGGAAUUUGCUGGCACAUCUUCUGGUUUCCCUAGGACUGAGUUUCUGAGUUCAUAUCAGGAUGAUGCACCCUUACAAGGUUCUGAAGAAUAUCAUAGGAGCAGCCGGAAGUUCACUGAACCAGUGAAAUAUAAUAAAUACGACCAAAGGUCACUUACAGAGUCUGUGACAGAUUCUGAAGCUACUAGAAGGAAUAUGACAUUAUAUCAGGAAUGUCCAAAUAGUCCAAGUGGAGCAGAGUAUGAGGAUUACCUAUACAGAAAACCUAGGGCAAUAGGAAGUAAUAAUCGUGGGUAUCCAGUUGAGGACUUAAAAAGGAUGAUGGCUUCUCAAUCUCGAGUUUUCUAUGAACAUGCAUCGGUUGAUUACGGUCAUAUAGACAUGCCGAAACGAAAUGUUUUGCACCAUGUUAUAGACAAAAUUGAUAAUACAGAUCAUUCUUAUGGAAGUUCGAGAAAGGGCAUUAUAUGGAAUGAUUGCGCUUUGCAAAAUCAGAUGAGUACAGACUACAUUGAUAUGUGCAGAUCAUAUGCACCAAUGCGAGACAGGGAAUAUGUGUGUUCGGAAGACACCCAUGUUGCAUUUGGAAGAAGACUACCUCAAGACUAUGAAUUGUCACAUUUGGAUGCAUAUCACAAUCGUCAAUUAUCAAAUUCAAGAUCUGAUUCUGGUUUUGGCAGAGGAGUAGGUCCAGUGUUUCAAAAUGAAAGAGUUGUUAACUCUUCUGCAUCUAAAUAUGACACAGAGCAAUGCAGCCCUUGUCUAAGAACAAAGAGGAUGGAGAACGAACUUGUCGGGUACUCAGAUAGGAUUCUUAAAAGGAAGUUCCUUAUGAUGGAAGAUGUUGGUAGGCCAAGUUCUAAAACUAAUGUAUCCAGAACAAUGCACUCAGCUGGCGACUUUGGAGGUUCAUAUGAUUGUGAUGAGCAGAUUGAUGAAGAUAUAAUUGGUUUACAUGUAUCUAGGACAAAACAGUAUGGCCACAAUGAAUAUAGAAAGCCUGGAAGGACAUAUGAUGGGCCAGAACUUCAUGGUGAUUCUGAAUUGGAUGACUGGUAUACGUCCGAAGAUACUUUGGCACAUUCACAAAGAGUUCCAAUCAGGUUUUACAAAGAUAGUGGUAAAUAUAUCAAGGGAAAUCAUGAACCUGGUUCUCUUAGCUGGCAUACUUCACAUCACAAUGAAAAAAGAAGUAACCUUCAUAAACAAAACGAAGUUUGCAAGAGAAAUGAAGAUUAUGAUGAGGAUAUAAAUGCAAAUGAUGGUGAUAUGACUGCAGAUUUAGUGAAUCAUGCAGAGGCUGAGCUGUCUGAGGAUUCAGAAGAAUUUAAGCAAUUGGUACGUGAAGCAUUCUUAAAGUACUCUAGAAGAUUAAACUUGAACCAGAGUGUUCGUAAAAGAUACAAGGAGCAAGGACAUGCUGGUAGUUUGUUCUGCAUUGUUUGUGGUAGAAGCUAUUCGAAGGAAUUCAUGGACACCCAACGCCUGGUGACCCAUGCUUUCAUGUCUCACAAGGUGGGGCUGAGGGCAGAGCACUUAGGUCUUCACAAAGCAAUAUGUGUGUUGUUGGGGUGGGACAGCAUUGCACCUCCUGACACUAUAACAUGGGUUCCCCAGGUCUUGCCUGAAGCAGAGGCCUUGGCUCAGAAGGAGGAUUUGGUUCUCUGGCCUCCAAUGGUUGUCAUCCACAAUAUUUCCAUGGGAAAUAACAAUCCUCAAGAACAGAAGGUUUUUCCUAUUGAAGGGGUGCAGGCUUUUCUGAGAAAUAAAGGCUUUGUUGGGGGGAAAAUCACCGUGUGCCUAGGGAGACCUGCAGACCAAAGUAUUAUGGUGGUGAAAUUCUUGGGCACGUUUACCGGACUGGCAACGGCAGAGAGACUUCACAAAUAUUUUGUGGAGAACAAGCACGGGAGAAUUGAAUUUACAUCAAAAAAUAAUGGCGAACAUAGCAAUGAGGAAAUGGGUGACAAUCUGGAGGAGCAGCUUCUUUAUGGUUAUAUGGCAAUUUCAGAGGACUUGGACAAACUUGAUUUUCAUAACAGGAAAUGGAGUGUGGUAAAGAGCAAGAAGGAGAUCCAGGACUUGGUUAAUGAUCCUGUCAAGACUGAUGAAAGGUAAUAAAUAUGUAAGAAACGUGUUUAUUGCAUCCAUCUGAAUGGCCUUGAUUUUUUUAAAAUUAAUGUCUAAAAAACUGAUUGAUUAAACCUUGUUAUCUUCUAGCUUUGUACUGUCUGUAAUCAUAGUAUGACUAUUAAUGUAAAAACAUACAGUAUAAGAUUGCUAUAUUUUUCUCUACUU